AAUACAACUGAUAUUUUAAGCCGAUAAAUUUUCAUGCGUUAACGCACUAUUAAUAUUAUUCAAAAUACAGCAAAAACUAAAUGAUAAAAUAAAUUUUAGUAUAAAUAAAAGAAGAAAUAACUUGAGUUCAAUCCAUUUGUCGGGUGCUGAGUUGCUUUCAAAAUACCCGCUGCGAUGCGAUUUUUUUCCAUUUUUAUCCAUGCAAAAUCCAUUAAUAUUCUUUGUCACCAUCUUUGCUUGAGUCGCCACUAGACUUUCAGUGGCCUUUCACGCUGGACAAUAGUUUAAAAGACUCUCUGCUUCCUAUUUUUGCCGCAAUAAAAAAUAAUUAGUUCUAAUCGUUGAAAACAAUCAUCAGCAGAUGAGCAAUCACCUUCUUUCCACGUGGAUCUUCCUCUUCAUGAUGAACAUGAUUCUCUGCCUGGAGCACCAGAGGGAAGUGGAAAUGGCGGAGGUGAUUGCGGCCAUGAAAGAUGCUUGCGAAACCAUGCCAUCCACUAUACAGGUCACCAAGGAAGAAUAUGAUGAUCUGGGCAACGUUGUCCGAUCCUGUGAAGGAAACAUUGGUGUCACGAAAUGCGAAGGCACUUGCACGUCUCAGGUACAGCCCAGCGUGGUCACUCCUACUGGAUUUCUUAAAGACUGCCAUUGCUGUCGAGAGACUUGGAUGAGGCAAAGAGAGAUUCUUUUAACAGAUUGUUACACGCAAGACGGGAAAAGAAUUUUCGGACAACAGGGCACUAUGGUCAUCCAUUUAAAAGAACCAGAAGCCUGCGCAUGUCAUAAGUGCGGUCUAUAAAAUUUUACUUAGCUUUACGUUUUACUGCUAGGCUACCAAUGUAAAACAAACAAAAUUGUUAAUUUCCCAAAUAUAUAAUUUUUACAAGCA